GGGAAGGCCUCCCAGCAUCCAUCCUUUGACGCCAAAGGUGUGUAUAAAUAUGAACCAUGCAUUGUCCGUAAAUGGCUGAGUUUAGGCCUUGCCUUGUUGAUUGGUGAACUGAAAUCCUGUCCAACAGACGGGUGCGAGUGGGAUUUCGAUUCAGCUGUGAAACAUCAGAGCAGCUAAAGCCAAAGAGGAUUUGGCUUCAUGAAGCUGAAAAUCAAGGAGUCCACUCUGAUUCCCUGAGUGAUGAUGAUUGAGAGUGUCUGCGUGGAUUGUGGAGCCCCAAAACAACGACAUCAAGGAAGGCGAUGUGGUUCACAUGACGUGCGUGGCAUCCUAUCUCCAGAGCUACCACGUCGUGGAAUGGGCGGCCGGCAGCCCUGUCCGGACUCUCAGAUGGGGUAAAGCUACCAUCACCAGCGACCCGCGGUUUGCUUUUGAAACGACCGAGAGGUUAUCAGCCCGACUGGUCGUCAUCCAGGAUUUUACCAUCACGGGCUUGGAAAAAGCUGACGCCGGCGAGUACAUGUGCAAUAUCAAGGAUGUCCAGACAAACCCAGGUAACGUUUCGGUAGCUUCUGCGAGAAUAACGCUGCAAGUGUUAUAUUUUCCCAGUGAGGCUUUCCCGGUUUGUUCCCCUGAAGGGCCCAUUUCGCUGUUUCCCGGAACGAUAUUAACCAUGCAGUGUGUCUCUGAGUACGGUAACCCUAAUAUCGAGAUGAACGUCUAUGGUGAGCCAGCCAAGCCUAUUAGUUACGUGCGGGCAACGUCGAUCUUCAACGGCACCGUUGUACGCUCUUGGCGGCUGACAGUGAACGCUUCCAAUGAUGCAGGAAGCACCUUUGUAUGCACGAUCUCAUCAACCUCGUUUCCUCAGAUGAGUCGUUCUUGUACCGUUGGGCCAAUUAGCGUGCAGGGCGGUGUGACAAGACCAAACACGGAACCCACGGCAGAACUUACAACUUCGGCAAUACGCGAGUCAGUCACCUCAGCAGGUCUGUCGACAGAAACCGUGCAAGCACCUAAUACGCCUUUUGUGACAGUUGCGGGAGCAGAAAACACAAAAACAUUACUGCAUGCGACCUCAAAUCCUACUGCCGUGACAGUCAAUGCCACGGUCUCGGGCUCAACAACCAAGGAGGUAGAACUGACCAAAGACACACCCAUCGAAUCUGUGGUUACGCCUUCUUUGUCGGGAACCAUGCCUAGCAGAACAAUCACCACGAUGACCCAUGAGCCAGUUUACAGUCUCCUGUCAACAAUCGCUAAGAUUCAUGACCCCUCUCCUUUGACCCCGUGGAUGGCCGCCUUCACUUCUUCCCUUGUCGUCGUCGUCGUCCUCGCUUUUUGUCUCAUAAAGCUGAUGAGACAGCUGAAAUCCUCCAGUAAGAAUGAACCUGAGCGGCCAUUAAGUGAACCGUACAUCGAGUUACAACCAAAAGAUGUCAAGGCACGAUAGAGUCAACAAUCGCAAACGUAGGAUAUUAGUCUUUUUUGUCUCCCCUGACAAUACAGAAAGAAAAAGUUUCUUUUUUCGUCUUUCCUGUUGCCAUCAAAAAUAUAUUAGUUACUAAACAAAUGUAGCAUCUUUUAUCGAAAAUUAUCUGUCUUCUUGUUAAUAUCAUGUUAAACAUAUGUAAUUCGUCAUAAUUCUUGAGGUGGUAUGGCGUUGCUUAUGUCGUUCUAGUUUUGUGGUGUUUUUCAUCUUGUUUUGAUAUUUUAUGGAGUUUGUUAAUGAAGGUGAGUGGUAAGUAAAUUUUCAUUUUGGGGUAGGGAAGGCUUAUAUUUCAUUCCUGUACCUCAGCUGGUAUUUAUGUUGUGUUAAUAAUUCAAAGCUUAGCAUGCCGUGGUGCCUAGACGUGCCAAGACUUGUUGACGUGCUUAUAACUUUAAAUACAAAGACACCUUUGGGUUUGAAGAACAAGACACCAAAACACGUUUAUCUCGCGGUAACGCUCUUUCAACAACGAAACAGGUUCACUUCAAAAGAGGUGGUUGAAUUUUAAAUAGUUACAUACACUUGUUAACGCAAUGACGCCUUCUUAAUGGACAUUGGUUUGUACAGUGCUGAUUGAGGAAGUGUCCAAAUCAAUUAGCUUUCCGCCCUGAGUUGACGGGCACCCUCAUAGGCGGAAGUAAGACAGUCCGGUACGAAGUUUUCCAGCUGGGUUCUUGCCCGCGUUUGGCGUUCACGCAAAGUCCAUGCAUUCCAGGAAAUAAACUCGUUGCCCUUUUUUUUAUCGUGCCCUGCGUCAAACGCGCUUAAACUUGCGCGCCUAUGCGGUGAUUCCGUACCAAAGGACUGUCAAUAUUGCAUUUAGAUAAAAGUACGCCACUUGUUUUUCCUGCUGGGAAAGGAUAGGCCGACAGUUACAUGUGUGUGUACAGACGUUAGCUCCAGCCCCUUGUCAUUAGCUAGCCCGAGCGCUUAUGUUAUAGCCUAUCGAACCACAGUCGCAACUUUUGGUACAACGCCUCAGAUAAUGGCCUAAAGAUGUCAAACGGAGAUAUGACUCAGAGUGAGAACGGUCAGUUACCGGCUGCGCUUCUUUUUUUUUGAACAAACUGGUGUUAUACUGUUAUCACGAGAUGAAUGCUCAUCAUUUCUGAAAUCAUUGUGGGGUUGAUCCCCACCAGCGUGAGGAUCAUUUCGAUUGGUUCUACGUGUAUAUGAUCAGGUGAUCAUUGCCACCUCAGUCUGUGUUACUGCCACCGGAUCCUCAGAUUCGGUUGAAUAUUGUGCGCAUAUCUGGUCACUGGUUGACUGAUUCGAAUUUAGGAUUCAAAAUGUAACAGAUCAGUUUAAAUUGAAUUUGACAGGAGGUCAAAUCUCUAAAGGAAGCAAACUAAUCUGACUCAGGUUGAUUUAUUCUAACAAUGACCCUCGGGGUAAUUUUUGAAAGAUUUUGAGAAAGAUUUGUGACAACACGCAUGGAAUGAUUAACUACUAAAUUUACUAUGAGCAUUACUACUGAUUUGUUUAUUGGAAACAACAUUCAAUCGAUUGGGAUAAAUACUGAUAAAGACUGAUGUUAUGUGACCCACUCUUUUAAAAAGAGCAACGACAAGUUGCCAAAGCCACUCUUGGGUGACAGACCUGUAGAAGAAUCUUGCACCAUGGUUAUCAGAAGGAGCCCUCUACAUUUCUAACCCACAUAAUGUUUAUUUUCUUCAUCAUACCAAAGUAAGUGAUACACGUACAUCAACACGAAAAGUUCAGUUUCCUCUUUCUAUCUCUAACUGGAACAGAAAUUAUAGAUAAAAGCCUCAUGAAUCAUUUUCAAGGAGACGUUACAUAUAUCCUAAUUUUACCGUUUCUCUGCUGCACCUUAUUGGUUUACAUUCUAUCACUUCACAGUAUUCUAGACAUCGACAUUUCUUUUUCUUUUCUUUAGUUUCAACUCCAGAUUACUAGAUGCACAUUUUCCAGUGACAUUCACAGCAUUAAUAUUAUCGUGCAUACCAAGGGGUGGAAAACAUCAUUAUAUCAGGCUAACACUACCAACAUGACUGUCAAUAAUGAAAUUUACAAACUUGGGCCUUAAAAUCUUCUUUCAAAUCAGGUAAAUGUACGCCUUUUUUAAAUCUUAAUGAUCACCACACCUGAGAUUGUCAUGUGUAAGGAUGUCAGACAGAACCAUGCGAGAGGUGUGUUAGCAUACUAUUUCUUAAGUAGACAUAUGUUCAGUUUUACUACUAAAUGUCUCGUGCUGCUUUCUUAAAGCUAUCGACUGUGUUUGAUAAAAACCUGGUAGGAUGAAUUACGGAAUAAAAUAGUUAAUUGGCCAGGAGACCACUAACGUG